GCUAACAUGUUUGCAUUUUACAUAACCUAACUUGGCUUUUACCGUCUAUUUUUCACGUGUGUGCGGUGUGUUGUGUACGUUUGUUAUUUGUUGUAAAUCAUUGGCAUUGUUGCUGUCACUUGACGAAAUUUAAGUGGGACAUGUGCAAAUAUUUCUUCCAUGUGUUUUGAUUAACGAGCAUGUUAAUAUACUAUUUUAAAACCAUCUAAGGAACUUUUGAUAGCUGAUUUGGAAUUUCAACUCGAUUAUCAUUUAACUGUCCGAGUAUCUACUCAUUAAAACAUUUAAUUUGUCCGUUUUGAACAAAUCGCACAAUGUUUUCUCGACAAUUUUUACGAUUGACAAGUAAUUGUCGUAGGUUCAGACUCACAGUUCCUCCAAGGAUUAUUCAUGGUAUCAGUAAAAUGGAGAUCAGUCCAUAUACCACAAGAAUGUCAAGUACUCAAUUUAAUAGCAAUAAUUAUGACCUGCAAUGUGAUACAUCAAACAUAGAAGUCCCUUUUUCUGUCAAAAUUUUAUUAGAGUCUGAUGCAUCAAUAGCUAUUGGCCAUGACAUUGUUGAAGCAAUGACUGAUUUAACAAAACUUCACAAAUUCAAACGAAUCCCCAUGAAUCAAUUAUCACAGCAAAACUUUUAUAAGGACUUCUUUAGUUUUGUAGAAGAAAAUGCCGAAAAAUUAACAGUUUCAGAAUCUUUAGAGGUCAUGAAAAAUUUAGUGAAACUUCAAGUUCCAGGCUCAUCAAAAAUCGUAUACUCUGUUUUAAAAAACUUACAAGGAAAAAUAAAAGAUCUAAGCAUGAUAGAGUAUAAUAUAUUAUCUGAUCAAAUGAAUAAAAUGACAAGGUCUACAUUAACGAAACCUUUGAAAUUGUUGAUGCAAAGCCAUUUUGUUUCCUGUCUUUUAAAUAAAUCGAAAGAAAACGACUCACAGUUUUUAGCACAAGCAUUGAGAUAUUGUUACAAAAAUAUGAAUGAUAAGAGAAUCUUAGAAAUUAUUGCUGACCAAUUACAGCAGCUAAAUUUUUCAACUGUACCUGUUUCUGAUGCUCUUUCCAUUUUUAAAUCAUUUUCUGCUAUGCAACAUAUAAAUUUUUCUGGUUGGGAAAGAAUUUUAAAGAAUGUAAUCAAUAUCUGCAGCAAAAAUAUUCAACAGAUACGUACAUCUGAUUUAAAAAUUAUUUUGUAUCGUAUGUCUGUGAAACUUCAGAAAAAAGACAGGAUUGAAGAAUUGUAUAAUAGUGAGCUAUGUGAUGAAAUAGUUCGUGAAAUAAUUAGCAGAGAUGUAGGUUUUGAUAAUGCUUUAGAUUGUUUGAAAUAUUUAAUUGAAAUCAGGCAUACAAGCAUAGAUUUGUUAAAUUACUUGAGCGCCAAAUUUUAUGAUAGUAAAUACUUAUCUCGUAAGAUAAUUUCAAAUGAAACACAAAGUUUAUUAAUUUUAUUGAACGCAAUGUCAGCAAUAAGAUAUAAACCUUUAGUAUGGACAGAAAUAUUUGGAAGUUUAAAAAAAAGCUCCAAAUUACCAAGAAUGCCUAUAGAGACUUUGAUUGUGUACUCUCUUCACCUUGCAGUAUUGGACUGUUUUGAUAACAAGAUUUUAGAACAAUUACUCUGCUAUGAGCAUGAUAUUGAACCAAAUAGUUAUAUAAAUUGGGCUACUAUAAAACUUUGCCAAAUAUUGAAAACUCAUCCUAAUUAUAAUGGUCCUUUACCAUCAGAUAAGCUAAUAGCAUCAUUUGCAAAUAUGGUUCCAGUGAGGAGAAUUUUCAUGCAACCAAAUCUCGAACAUGCUUUAGGUGGAUCUGACUAUGUUAUAUCAAAUGUUAGAACUAAAUUAAAUCAUUCUAUCGAUUGUGUUGUAGCUUUCAAUAACGGACAUCCUAUACCCAUUAAUCAAAAUCAGGAAAAUAAAAAGAUUCAAUAUUUAGAAGAUUUGAAUGUUCCAGCUGGUAGUGAAAUUGUUGCAGUUGUAGCCAGUCAUCCUAGUUGGUAUUCUCGAAAUAAAAAUGAAAUGAUUGGUGUUUAUUCAUGUUAUUUUGAAACUUUGGAGGCAUUAUCAUAUAAAGCUGUUAUUGUACCAGAAAAAGAAUGGAAGACUCUACUUGAUGAUAACAAAGAUCAAUUUUUACUUGAAGCCUUAAGAACUAAAUUAAACAAAGAAAUACAUUGCUAACCAUAAUUAAAUGUAUUUAUAUUUGUUUAUAGUUUUUAUUAAUUGUAAAAAGUGUAAAUAUUACUAACUUAUGAGAUAGUAACAUUUUUACAUUAUGAAUGAUUUAUAAUUUGUUGCAAUGAUUGUUACUUGUAGUAAUUAAAAUAAUGUUUCCACGAAAUUCAACUUUUGAUCGAUCUUAAUAAUAAGUUUUAAUAUUUGGUCAAAUAUUUUAUUAUUGAACUGCAAAAGUACGGCAAAUAAUUUAUGAAAUUUUUUU